AUUAUAAGACAUACGAAAACAAUUUGAAGACGUUUUGAAGUUAAUUUGGAAUCGAAAGUGGGUAGCGUAGAGAGCGAGAGAGAGAGAGAGAGCGAUGGAUCCAGACGCGUUGGCAAAGGCAUUUGUGGAGCACUACUACACCACCUUCGACACCAACCGUGCUGGACUUGCCAAUCUCUACCAAGAAGCUUCCAUGCUCACUUUCGAAGGUCAGAAGAUUCAAGGUUCCUCCAACAUCGUCGCCAAGCUCACUUCCCUCCCUUUCCAACAGUCCCAUCAUUCCAUCACCACCGUCGAUUGUCAACCCUCCGCUGUCAACGCCGGCAUGCUCGUCUUCGUCAGUGGUAAUCUCCAACUCGCCGGUGAACAACACGCCCUCAAGUUCAGCCAGAUGUUCCAUUUGAUACCAACCCCGCAAGGAAGCUAUUAUGUGCAGAAUGACAUAUUCCGUUUGAACUAUGCCUGAAGAUAGACCAUCAAAUAUAUGACCUGAAAGGCCAUAGAAGAAGUUUGCCUAUAUAUUGCACAUUUGAAAUUGAAAAUGGGUUCAUUUUAGUUGGUUGUGUCGGACACGUAAUUGUGCUUGUUGCAUUUAAAAUUUUCUCUUGUGAUUCGUCAGAAAACAGCUUCAAGGAUAAAUUGACGAAAUAUUACUGGGUCUGGGAGAUUUAAAACCCAAAUAUAUUUCUGAUCUGAGAUAUGGGGCCCAAGCAUCUCUAUCCAAUUUACCUCUCAACAAAUUGGUUUAUGAAUGUUAUGGUAAUCUUUUAUUUGCAUUUGUUUACUAAAUGAAGGUUUGGUAUUUUCACCUAAGAUCAAAAGGGCUAAACUUGCAAUCGGCCAUCAACUGUUCUUAGCCACGCAAGGAAAUAUAUAUUUUUCUCUCAA